CCGUUCUCGGUUCAUUCACCCACGUCAACAAAACAAUAUCAACCAAACCAUCCAAAUCCCGAGAAAACAAAAAAAGAAACAAAAGCCAUUUGCAUGAGAUAGAUAGAUAGAACGAAACCGAAUCGAUGAUGGGGUGGGUGGCGAAUCGGUGGACGGGCGUCGCCGCCGCCAUAUGGAUCCAGUGGAGCUGCGGCGCAUCGUACACCUUCAGCAUCUACUCCUCCGUGCUCAAGUCCACGCAGGGCUACGACCAAUCCACGCUCGACACCGUCUCUGUCUUCAAGGACAUCGGCGCCAACUUCGGUGUUCUCUCCGGCCUCCUCUACUCCGCCGUCGCCCCCUACACAACCCACCGCGCCUCCCCCUCCAAGUCCAUAUGGACCUCGCUCAGCGGGCCCUGGGUCGUCGUCGCGGCCGGCGCCGUCCAGUGCUUCGCUGGCUUCAUCUUCAUCUGGGCCUCCGUCGUGGGCCUCGUGAGCCCGCCGCCCGUGCCGGUCAUGUGCUUCUUCGCGUGGCUCGCGUCUAACGGUCAGACCUUCUUGAACACCACCAAUGUCGUUACCGGCUUGCGCAAUUUCCCUGAGUACAGCGGCACCAUCAUUGGUAUCAUGAAGGGAUUUCUGGGACUGAGUGGAGCUAUCUUGAUCCAAAUCUACCAUACGUUUUUUGAUGGGGACCCAGCAACCUACCUUUUGAUGCUUGCUGUGUUGCCUUCGUUGAUCUGUGUGUUGCUUAUGUUCUUUCUGAGGAUUUAUGAAGUGCAUGGCAGUGAUUACAAGAAGCAUUUGGAUGGUUUCUCUGUGGUUACUGUGAUUAUUGUAGCCUAUCUCAUGUUCAUAAUAAUUUUACAGAACUUAGUUAGUUUACCGAACUGGGGACGGAUGUUUGCAUUUGUGAUUCUUAUGGUUCUGCUAGCAACGCCUUUUGGAAUUGCUAUAAAGGCCCAUUGGGAAGAGUCACGGAAGUUUUCGCAAUCCUACACAAUUGAGAGGGGUUCUUCUACUAAUAAGGGUACCACUUCCUCCAGUCAUUCUGCAUCAGUGGAUCAAGUGGAGUACCAUGAAUUGCCUAGUGAUGAGGGGCAGGUACAAGUGACUUCAGAUGACAAAUUGCCCCGUGAAGAAGAAAAGAAUCUCUUGCAAGCUAUGUGCACGGUUGAUUUUUGGAUGCUGUUUGUGAUCAUGAUAUCAGGGUUGGGUUCUGGGCUUGCAACUAUAAAUAAUAUGAGCCAAAUAGGACAAUCCCUUGGAUAUAGCGCCAUUGAGAUUAAUAAUUUGGUGUCACUGUGGAGUAUGUGGAACUUCCUUGGUCGUUUUGGAGGUGGCCAUGUAUCAGAUUAUAUCAUGCACAGAAAAGGUUGGCCUAGGCCCCUGUUGAUGACAGUGACUCUGGGGAUAAUGAUUCUUGGCCAUUUAAUUAUAGCAUCUGGUUUCCAGGGAAAUUUGUAUUUGGGUCCUGUCCUGGUGGGCAUCUGCUAUGGUGCACAUUGGUCCUUGAUGCCCACAAUCACUUCUGAGAUAUUUGGUGUAAAGCAUAUGGGUACCAUUUUCAAUACUAUUGCUGCAGCAAGUCCACUUGGAUCGUAUAUACUUUCUGUGAGAGUUGUUGGAUAUAUUUACGACAAGCAAGCCGAUAAAGAAGAUCAUUCGUGCUUUGGCAUCAACUGUUUCAUGCCGUCAUUUUUUAUCCUGGCAGCUGUUGCUUUUCUUGCGUUUUUGGUUGGUUUGGCAUUAUUCUUCCGGACCCGGAGGUUCUAUAAGCAAGUUGUGCUUAGAAGAUUAAAACAUUAUGCAAGAUGAUGGAGAUUGCAUUUGCCUGCAUUUCAACACUAGGGAGUCCUUGGAUGGUAUUGACAUGCUUGGAGGGAAGUUCGGAAGCUGUUGAAUGGAGAAUGGAUAGAAUUCAAGGUGCAAAGAGAGAAGACACUGCAACUUGUUAAACACAAGGGAACGGACAAUGAAUUCGUUCCAGUGGUUAGAACUGUGGUCAAGCACAAGGGUCAUGAUUUGGCCAAUGCUCAACCAUGGGUUGUUGGGGGAUGUUUCAGAUUUACUUUCCAGAAAAUCCAUGAGGUGUUAAUGGAAUUGUGAUUGAAAUUGGAAUUUCCUUUAAUGGACUUCCUUGACUCAGUUUAGGAUUGAAAUUGGAUGCUGGAUUGAUCAUAUACAGGUAUUUGAUAUAGGUUCUUAAAGAUCAGGACAGAGAAUUAAGAGAAGAAAGAGAGAUGAGGAAGAAGAAAAUCAGAGAGGAAGAAGAAAAUCAGAGAGAAAGAUCUAUUAUUCUGCUCCCAAGAGAGAAAACCCUUCUACAACUGUGAAAACAGUUUAUUUCAAUCACAGAAAAAAUGACCCCCUUAUUCCAAUGGUAUUUGUAAGUUCCUCCCUCUUAACUCCUGAACUGUCAAACAGACCUUUCUAGCUCUAACUAGUAAAAAUACCCCACUUUACUAACUAGGCUUUCCUAUAAUCAGUCACCCAUUACAUCUCAUUGCCUUCCUUUGCCUCCUAGAAUAGACCUUCAAUAUGGGAACCUCUUAGUUCCUAACAGUAUUAAACGUGGGUCCACAUUCAACAGGCUCAUUGAAAACGAGGAGAAUAUCUCUGCAAGACUGUAACUAUUGGUGGCUAGAAGAUCAAUGACUUGGGAAGUAAUGCUGAUGGCACUGCAAGACAGAUGAUCAAUUACUAUCAUUUGUUAUUGCUCAAUUCUGGACAUGCUCUUUGCUUGUUGGCAUUAGAUAUUCCUUGCCUCCUUGAUAAGAGAAAUUCUUCCAUUUUUCGUUAUUAAAAAUUUCUGAUGAAGGCACUAAUCACUCUGAAAGUUAAGAACUUGUACAAUUAAAAUCAGUUGAAAAGGUUUUCUUGUGGUUGCAGCAUGCUACUAGUCUGUAUGUGGUAAAAAAAUUUAGCAGGGGAGUGUAACAAGGAGGCACAAUUCCAUGAUAAGCAUUCCAUACAAUUUAUGGUUGAUAAACUUUGGAAGGUAGUCAGACAGAACAGGAAAUCUCAAACUGCAAGCGUUAUAUAUUUGAACGUACCUUGAGAUGUAUAUAUCACAAAGAAACUGGUAUUGGUUUGUGUUUGUAUCCUUGAGCAAACCAAUUUGGAAGUGGUUGUUAUUUUUUUAUUUGUUACAAGUCGUGUGUCAUGUUUAAUUUGCUUUGUAUUUCAUAUAUUAUUUUGCUGCAAAUUUUAAGAGGAAUGUACGGUAAAAAAAUGCAGAUUGUGACAGUAAUUGGAAAAAAAUAACGAGUACCUCGA